ACACAGGCUUCCUGUAAGCCCCAGACACGGCUGUGGUUACAAGUGGAAAAUGUCACUGGGCACUCAAAGAAGAGAGGGGCGAGAGUGAGGAGCAGAGGAAUGAGCUACAGAGAGAGAGAGAGAGAGAGAGAGAGAGAGAGAGAGAGAGAGAGAGAAAGAAAGACAGAGUUGCACAAGUGAGUGAGAUAGUGAUGUGCGAGUAGAAGAGACAGAGGGACAGAAAGAGACAGAAGAAAAGGGACAUCUUUUAAACUCGUCCGUCCAGCAGAGGAGAUGUGUUUCCUCUCAGAGACCCCCCGCCACCCUAACUGACUGAGGCUCAUGAGUCCUACUGUGGUCAAGGCUAUGGAGACCCUGGUGUCCACGUACGUCCUGCUGGUUCUGGUUUCCGUGCAUGCAGCUCCGUCUCACAAAGGCUUGCGAGGACUCUCCUGUGUAAAUGACUUUGUCAACAAUGUCAGCUGUACAUGGGACGGCUCUCCAGUGGCUCCAGGUGUGGACUGUUGGAUCUUCGGUGUGAAGACAACUUGGAUCUCUAAGAUCUACGGGAGACCACCGGAGAAAGUAUUACUUAGUCGAAGCUGCAAGCUAAAAAAACACAGAAACUCUCCUCCAGGCUGCAGUUUUGUCUUUGAAAAUGAAGAAUUCAACAUUUUUGCUGACAUGCCCUACAUCAGAGUGGAGUGUAACGGGACGUUGGUGGAGAACAUCACAAACUACUCACCAUACGAUCACAUCAAAAUGCAUCCUCCAGGACUUCCCAAUGUCAGCAGCGCUGCCAAUGAGACCAGGAUAUCAUGGAGUCAAGGCAGUCGUCCCUCUGUCUUCUUCACAUCCUUUCACUUCGAAGUUCAGAUCAAAGAGAAAAAGCAGACAUGGAACGAGGCCAGGACUUUGUUCACACAAGAACGAGAGCUCAGGAUAUCUGCUUGGAAACUAAAGGGGCACCACCAGAUCAGGGUGAGAGUCAAACCCACGGAACCGGACAAUUGCCACUGGAGCAACUGGAGUCCAGUCACAGCCUGGGAGGACCAGGUUUCAGAGUUUCCGACAUCAUUGGUAAUGUGGGGAGUGAUGUUGAGCCUGGGUGUCAUCAUUGUAACGCUGGUCGUUUACAGGAGUUGUGCGAGCAGGGGGCUCCUCAAAAGGAAGCCAGUACCAAACCCUUCGAAAUCCUUCCACACUCUCCACUCUGUCCACGGAGGAAAUCUAAAGAAAUGGCUGAAUCCUCUUACAGCUUCUGAGUCGUUCUUCGUGGCCAAGCCAUGCGACAGCAUCUCCCCGGUUGAGGUGUGCGAAAGCUGGGAUGUGGUCUCCUCCACCUCUCCCUCCUCCAGCUCCACCAGCGCCCUGCUUCACUUCAGGAGCUACCCCUCGGCUAGCUCAGCCACCAGCGGAGUUGUUGACCAAUUCUCCUCCUCCUCUUCAUCCUGCUUUUCUAACAUGGGCUACUUCAUGUCCAGCUCCUCUGGCGGCUCAGCUCGAUCUGACCCCACUCCAGCCUACUUCACCUAUCAUGAUGAUCACAACCUUCCCGUCUCCCUCUGCCCUUUGUUCGACGCCGCUCCGACCUAUGAGAGCUUGAAGAUGGAGCCCCAGAGCCCAGACUCUGGCUUUGGCAUGGGAAAGGAAGAUGAAGAAGAUAACAUGGUCAUGGAUGUGGAAGGGAAAGAAGUUUCAAAUGAUCACCAUAGCCCUCCUCUUAUCAUUCUCCCUUUCCAUCUUCCUUCCCAGAUGUGCCCCCCCUUCUCUGCUCCACCCCCUCCUAACACUCCCAGUUUAACUCCGAUACCCUCUGAUAGCCAACAGGAAGAUGUACUUGUGGUGGCUAGUAGUGGCAGCUAUGCGGCCUGGCCUCUAGCUGAUGCCAUGUGCAGGUCUUCCUCCAUGCCCGUGGAGCCCUGUAAAACAGGGUAUCUGACCCUCAAAGAGCUGCAGACAACAUUCAGCAAUAAAUCCAUCUGAAAACGUGUAAUGUACCUGGAAGAAUCCCUGUUCGAUCAUUUUAAAAUUGAAUGUGUUUGCAUCACUAGGAACCUGAUUGUUUAUUCUAAUCUGAUUGUGAAAGUGAGUAUUUCUAAAGGGUGGGAUGCAGCAUUGACAAAGAGAAAGCAUUCAUGCAAAUUUAAUGACUUUCAUGUUUCAAACAUGCAGCGAUUGGUCAGUUGGUCACAUGGGGGCAGCAGAACAAGCCAGAGCUUUUGAGUCAUGUUUCUGGCCACUUGAUUAAUUCAAAUCCAAUAUUAAUUUACUUUUUUGUUAAUCUGUUUCAACCUCCACCAGCCCCUGAGGGAAAUAUCUGUCUCCUUAGCUGCUAAAUGCCCCACUGUGUUCACCAGCUACUCGCUAGCUUUGUCUUUUGUUUGGGGCUGGACACCUAGCAUACAGAGAGCAUUUAUGCUAAAAAACAAAGCUAAUAAAAGUGGUGAGAGUGAACCCGCACAGUAAAAUUGUGGAGCAGGAAAUCCAAAACUGAGCAGGGUCGGGUGAUCUUUUGAUCAAUGGAAAAAAAUUAUUAGAGCAGCUUUUAAUUGAACUUAUACACAUUUACAUAAUUAUGUCAUUGUUGCUAUAUUCACUCCAAAUCAACAUUUGAUUGACUUUGAUCGCUUACUAAGAACAAUGGUUGUACAGGAAUGUGUCUUCAUGAGAUUGGUGUUCCAAGGGGCAGUCUGCCACAGCAGGUUAAAGAACAACUUGACUUUAAAAGAACAACCUGUGAAGGGAUAGAGCCAGAUAUAUGAGGGCGAGUAAAAAUCAACCAGUUGGGUGCCUGGGUAGCUCACCUGGGAGAGCGCGCACCCACAUACAGAGGGUCCUCGAUGCUGGAUGUCGACCUGCGGCCCUUUGUUGCGUGUCAUUCCCCCUCACGCUACACUUUCAUGUCUAAGCUGUCCUGUCCCAAAUCAAGGCCCAAAAGGCCAAAAGAAAUGAUCUUUAAAAAAAAAACAGAAACUCAACCAGUAGUGGGAGGAGGGCUCGGGCUCGAAGACCCAGGACUAGGUGGAGGGAUUAUAUCUCCAACCUGGCCUGGGAACGCCUCGGGAUCCCCCAGUCGGAGCUGGUUGAUGUGGCUCGGGAAAGGGAAGUUUGGGGUCCCCUACUGGAGCUGCUGCCCCCGAGACCCGAUACCGGAUAAGCGGUCGAAGAUGGAUGGAUGGAUGGAACCAGUAGUGUAUACUGUUGUAGGAUGAUGUAUAGUACCUCAUUGUUGAAUGUGUACAAUACUGUACUUUGAACGUUUUUUUUCAACGGGCUUUAUUUGCAUUAGUGUUUAAAUACAUAUUAAACGUUGCACAAAGCGGAGCGUGAAAGUAAGAAAAGACAUUACUUACAACAACACAGUUUUUUUAUCUUUCUUUUUCAUUUCUUUAACUUAAAUCUUGAAGUGCUCUUUAAAUCUACUAAUAUCAUCGCAAAAUUCUUCAUUCCUGCAGGCAGAUCUGGGAUUUUUUAAAGCAGUGAAACGUGAUUUAAAUGUGUUUUGAUUAUGUAAAUAGUGAUGAAUUACUUUUCAUAAAGAACAUUUGAGCAUCACUUUAGAGUUGCAUUAUGCAAAAAGACAAUAUUAGGCUAUAUGAUAUCUGUAAUGGCACUAUGGCUCAGGCUGUUGAAUACAUUAAAUGAAUCGAUUUUAGUCUGCACUGAUCUACUGUCAAAACAAAAGGCAGCUGGUUUGCCCCUGACGUUUUUCUUUGUACAUCUUUCUAAAUGAUUUCAUGCUGUUUAAGAGAUCAAAUCAACACCUAAUUGAUCCCCAUUAGUCAUCAACAGAGAGCGUCCACCUGGUAAAGUGUACUAUCUACAAUUUAAAAAAAAAAAGUGUAUAAGCAUUGGUGUAAUAUUUAUUAGAUUGCUAUUUCUAGAUUUAUGUAAAUCAUUGAGGUCAGUGGUAAACGCUGCUGCUCUUGUCUCAACACAUGCAGUUUAUUUCCGUUGCGCUGAGAUGACAUGUGCGCAGAGACCAAACAAAAUAAAACUUGUUGUAGAAAUGG